UAGCGAGAGGGUUCGACAGCAGGAGAAAAGAAAAAGGAGACAAAGCAAGACAGAAAUAAAACAUGUGUUGUACAGGAAAGUGUGCCCGCCUGGUGGGUCUCAUCCUGCUGCCUUCAGCCUUCAUCUGCAUGAUCUCCAAUCUGCUGCUCUUCUUCCCCAACGGGGAAAAACUAGAAAAUGACCAGAUCUCCCUGCAGGUCUGGCUCAUGGGGGGGCUCAUCGGAGGAGGCCUGUUUAUGAUGUGCCCGAGCUGCUCCGCUAUCAGGGCCGGGGGCAAGGGUUGCUGUGGAGCAGGUUGCUGUGGCAACCGCUGCCGUAUGCUGAACUCGGUCUUCUGCUCCGCCUUCGGUCUGGUUGGAGGGAUUUACUGCACCAGCGUGGCCUCGGCUGGUAUGGCUUAUGGACCCAAGUGUCAGGUGGCCAAUGGCGGGUGGGAGCAGCCGUUUGAAAACACUGGCACGGGUAAUACCAGCUACCUCACUAACCAAACCUUGUGGUCGGUGUGCGUGUUCCCUGAAAACGCUGUGAUGUGGCACGUGGUUCUGUUCUCCAUCCUGCUGGCCAUGGGUAUUCUGCAGGUGGUUCUCUGUGGCAUCCAGGUUGUCAACGGUUGCUUGGGAUGCAUCUGCGGGGAUUGUCGGGACAGCAAAGACGAUGAUGGUGGACUGUGAAAGAGAAGAAGAUGAUCCUGCUGUAACCUGCCUUCACAACAGCGAGGACACAUUCCUCUAUUUGUUCAGUUUCUGGGAUAUGCAGCAUCUCUCUGAUGAAGCUUGUUGAGAUUUUCUAAUGUUUCUAUCUUUUUAAAUAUGUCAAAGUCUGACUCUAUUAUUUUGUGAAUUUUGUUCUUCCGCUUGUGUGCACUAGCUGACUUUCUUUAGUCAAAAAUAAAUACUGAAUUAGGUAAUUUCCAGACUGAGAACCUCACAUGGGACAUAUAUGGAUCAAACUGUAACUGUAAAUAAUUGUUUGUAUUUGCUCCACAGUUUUACAGUGUUUAUCAGGUGAAGAGGACAACAUAAUAAAAAGCUACAAUUGAAUAAAAAGAA